AUACAUUUGUGUUCCCGUCUCUCAGGCCUGUUUUGCAUUAGCUAUUAUUUCUUGGAAAUUGAGUGAAACUGCACACAAGACAGACUAUAAAGGAUAACUGGAAGAUAUAAUUGUCAUAACAUUUUCAGAGGUGAUCUCACCUUUGCAGUGAGUUGGAAGUAGACUAAAGCACAACACCAUUCCCCAGAUGUAUAGUGAGGAAUGCAGACAGACAUCAUGGGGAGGACUUUUAACAAAAACUACCCCGAGAAAUGUUGCAUGCCAAGCAAUACGGACUUGAAGUGGUGACGCCAAGGAGUAGAUCUAUUACGUUGAUCUGCUGUGUAUUUUCCUCGCGUGCUGCUGACUUUAUGGCACGCGCUCAUGUUUUGCGCGGGACUUUGAUAUCGUUUGUUGGCCUUAAAUGCAGGCUGGAUUGGAAACCGGCUGGCUAACUUUAGCCUAUUAAAAUAUGUUUUUAUUGUAGGGCCGUUCUGGUAUUGGCUAGGAUACCAGGCAAUAGUUUUAUUUCAAGACUAUUAUUAAUUGAUUAAAGGUCACGUUCUACAUUAGUAUUCGUGUUUCAGCUGCUCUUCCCUCCCAGGGUAACAAUGUGGCACCUAGCAGACAGAGUUGAUAAUAAUGCUGGGCAUUUUACUCUGGUAGAACAACCAGAGGCAGAAGAUGGUGAUCAGUUCCUCUCGUUUGCCAAGUGAGUUGCUUAUGUUGCAAGAGUUCAGAACGUAUUAUUUUUGAAAGUUAAGCCAUUAUUUCAGGUAAUAUGAGGCUUGCUUUGUGUUGUAUUCUUCAAACCCUCAGGAGGUCCAAGGUUGUGCAGCGUCAGUGUUCAGAGAUGGAGACUGAGCCUAGCCCUCCCCCACAGUCUAGCUCCUUGUCUCAGAGUAGAGACAAUUUCUGGCACAGGAUUCUAUGUCAGCCAAGUGAAGUGUCUCCUGAGCCCACCCCAUCCUACGGCCCAUUUCAGAUGCAGAUGUUCUCAAAUAAACCUGAAGGACUAGUUGGCGUGGACAUGGCAGGAUCACCUCCAGCAGGACAGAGAGUUAAAAAAGGGGGAAGGCUGGGUCUAGGAAAGCUACCUUCUCCAGUGGAACUGAUGGGACGGAAGAAGAAGGGGAGGACAGGGGGUGCAGCACAGAGCAGCCAGGUGGUGCAACCCAGGGUGGCAGCAGUGCUGCAGCACAUUGGGGACCUCCGCAGGAGACAGAGCUCUAUUGACCAGUUGAAGCAGGGGAGUUGGUGGGGCUCCAAACCCAGGUGUAAGGCAGAAAAGGGCCGUUCCCAGAGGCAAGCAGAGGACAGCAGCAUGACUAUCAGCACCACAGUGGAGAGACAGGAUGAAGCUACGGACUACCUCAGUCCAACCCUCACUCGUCCUUACACCCAGAAGGAGGCAUGGACUCAACUCUCACUGACUGAUAUUAUAUUUAAGAGUAACUGGAAUAGAGGAAGCAAAUGUGGAUAUCCCUUAUUCGACUGUGAUGUCUUUGCAGGGUCUGUUUGGAGGAUUUGAACAAGCAUCCCAUCUUGCUCCUGGAGGAAAUCCGAUGCUGUCAUUUGUCCUGGCAACUGCUGAUAGACAAGCCAAGGGGGGUUGGCAAGGCCCUCGUCUGUCCCACAAUGAAUUUUGGGGUAUUGGGCACACUCCAGAGGAAUAAUUUAAUUUUUGUUACAUUUCUCCAAAGCACUUGUAGAGUUCACAUUGUAUAAGGGCUCAUAGUUUGUAUUGAUCAGAUUCAGAGUUUAAGGGAUAUGUUUUGCAAUGUUACAAUUACUUUGUUCAGAUUUUACUGCUUAAAAAUGAUGUACAACAUUUGGUCAGUUAAUUUUAUAAUGGAUAGCCAAGCAAUGAAAAAAAGUAAAUAAAUACAUAACAUUGCAUUCCAUUGUGACUAGUGUGACUAGUAUGGUCUUGAACUGGGGAGCGUUAUAUGAAGAAAUGAAUUGGAGAAAAAAAAGGAUUUGACUUGGCUGCUCACCCUGCUCCUGUUUUGACAGACAGAGCCCAUCCCUCUCCUCUGAGAAGUUCCCGAAGGGCUGGCGAGGCUGUCUUUGAGGUAGUGGAGUGCGAAACUGGUGGCAUCAGCCUUCAACUGAGUCCAUCUCUCAAAGGACCCUUUGACCUGUUCUGUCAUAGCCAGACAAGCACGUAGGCCUGACUAGAAGUACAUGUAUUCAUGUUUGGCUAUCAAGUACUCCUUUUCGCUCGAGAGCCAAGCAUAUAUACAUUAAUUAAUUAUAAUGUAGUCUACAGUGCUUCAAACCUACUGAACUGUAUUCCCUUUUCAUUCAGUUAUUACAAUCAGUUAUUUUUAUGAACCACUUGCCUGUCUUGGUCACUGCCUUUCUCAAAACAAAUUGUUGUACAAACAUUUAAUAAAGACAUUAACUUUAGCUUCAGACUUCUGUAGGCCUACUGUAGCCUAUCACUUUGUUUUCACACGUCCUCCAAGUCUUCAUAGCAGUUUUGUAAUCCGAGACUGCAUGAGUCAUCGUUUUCCAAAUGAUGGGAUGAUGACAUGAAGAAAGUGAAAGUGCACAUUGUAACGGGAUCAUUACGGCCCUGACAAAGCCUUCAUUGAAAAAGGACGCCAUCCCCUCGUCCUCGUAACAGUUGGUAUCGCCUGUGUGACAUAAUGACAAACCGUUAUACAGUACAUUUUCAUGGCUCAUAUCUGCUGUACGCUGUGUCGCUGUUCUUGGCCUGCUUGAUGGUCCUGCAGUCCAACCGGGUCAGAGAGAUGCAGGUCGAACUGCGGGAGCUGCGUCAGUGGACCAGUCUGGUGUGCGGGGACAUAAAGGAAUCGUCUACUGAUAUCUCGCGCUGCGGGGUAGACAUACACAAUGGAAUGGAAUUCGAGGAAAGAGGGAGAUUUCAAGACAUGGGAGACGGAGACAGCGGCGCACUGGUCAGUCCCUUCCGACGCACACACACACAUACACACAAUUUACUUAAUCAUUUAAAAUUUCCAUGUCAUCCAGCAGGGAGUAGUGCCUUUCUUCAUCUUGUUCCUCUGUCAUCACACUCAUAUGAUGAAGAUGACUACACUCUGGUAGAAUGGGCUCUUGGACUGAGUCGUCUAGGGGAGGGGCUGCAGGUCUUUGGAGAAAAGGUCAACGUGGUAACCGAAGGGACUUACUUCAUCUACAGUCAGGUGCUGUAUAAAGACACCACAUGGACUAUGGGUCAUGUGAUCAAGAAGCGUCUACAUGGUAUUGAGACCAUCUUGAUGAAGUGCAUACAGAGUAUGCCCAGCAACAUCACUGUGGCCCAAAACACCUGCUACACAGCCGGUGUCCAUUACCUGGAGCCAGGAUCCACUCUGGAACUCUCCAUUCCCAGGAAAUCUGCUGGGCUUGUCCUCAAGCCUCACUCCACCUUCCUUGGCAUGUUCAGGAUCUGACACUGAGUGACGAUCUAACACAAAACCAUGUCUCUCCAGAACCCUACAAUCAUUGCCUAUAAUAACCCGACAUGCUGACCUACUGCAUUGUGUUGCCUAAUAUUUAAUAAACUCUUAUCAAUAUCAAAAGUUUUGCAAGUACUACUCAGCCAGUGUUUUCCUUUCAGCACCUAUAUUGUGGUAGCCUGAUACAGAACAGUUACCAAAAAUCACAAAAUGUAGCCUAUUUUAGCAUCGGAAAGUGCACAGAUGUAAUGUUUGAAUUCCAUGAUUGAAAAUACAUAGGAUAUUAAUCAAGCAAAAUAGUGCAGUAGUACAGUGACCCAAUAUAAAAUUUCAAGUUUUAAUGAUACGUACAGUGAAAUGUCUUUCUUGCUAGCUCUAAACAGUACAGUGAGUGGUGACACUAUAUGAGUACUGUUGAGUGUACAGCAUCAUUGUGAAUUUCCCUCUGCUAAAUUAAACUUUCUCAGUUUGCCAUCCUUGGCUAUUGAAGACUGAUGUAUAAUCCAACAGGGACCUCUUGUGGUCAAUGCAGUGCGUUCAAAAUGUAUUCAGACUCCUUGACUAU